CCGUCUGAUGCUGCACCAGUAUGUCUAGACACUCACAUGUCUUCCUAGGGCCCCGGUACUCAGUGCUUAUAAACAAGGAGACCCUGACGACUGCCCGCUCGGAAGGUUUGAAGGAACGUCUUGCAGUGUCCACGGCAACGUCCUAUCCUCCAGAGCUGCCACGGCAGUGUAUUCGAAGAUGCCGAUCCCCCAUUGUGUUGCCAGAGAGCUCGAGCUGAGUUCGGGUUGCAGUGUACUGAUAGGUGACUGUACUCGCGUGAAAUCU